AUGCCUAAUAUUAAAGUUUUCAGCGGAUCAUCUCAUCCUGAUUUGGCUCAAAAAAUUGUGGAGAGACUUGGUAUAAACAUUGGAAAGACAGUUCUCAAAAAAUUCAGCAAUCAAGAAACCUGUGUGGAAAUUGGUGAAAGUGUCCGUGGUGAAGAUGUCUUCAUAGUACAAUCAGGAUGUGGCAAAGUAAAUGACAAUCUAAUGGAGGCAUUAAUUAUGAUUAAUGCUUGUAAGAUUGCCUCUGCAGCAAGAGUUACUGCUGUUAUACCAUGUUUUCCAUAUGCUCGACAAGACAAAAAGGACAAAUCUCGAGCUCCAAUCAGUGCUAAGUUAAUAGCUAACAUGCUUUCUGUAGCUGGAGCAGAUCAUAUUAUUACAAUGGAUCUACAUGCAAGUCAGAUUCAAGGAUUCUUCGAUAUACCAGUAGAUAACUUGUAUGCUGAACCAGCUGUACUCAAAUGGAUUAAAGAAAACAUUCCUAAUUGGCAGCAGUGUGUGAUAGUUUCUCCUGAUGCUGGAGGUGCAAAGCGUGUUACCUCAAUUGCCGAUCGACUGAAUGUCGACUUUGCAUUGAUCCAUAAAGAAAGAAAGAAGGCUAAUGAAAUAGCCUCUAUGGUUCUUGUUGGUGAUGUCAAGGAUAGGACUGCAAUCCUAGUUGAUGACAUGGCUGACACAUGUGGAACUAUCUGUGAAGCUGCAAAGAGGUUAAUAGAGGCUCAAGCAUCAAAGGUCUAUGCCAUUUUAACUCAUGGUAUAUUUAGUGGACCAGCACUUGCAAGAAUAAAUGACGCUACUCUUGAGGCUUUGGUCGUUACUAAUACUAUACCCCAAGAUGAGAAUAUGAAAAAAUGCCCAAAAAUUCAGUGUAUCGAUGUUAGCAUGAUCCUUGCUGAAGCCAUAAGGAGAACUCAUAAUGGUGAAUCCGUCUCUUACCUCUUCAGCCACGUACCAAUGUAAAAUCCGUACUGACGGAAAUGCCAGCAACAAGAUUCUUUCUGACUGUGAUUUUUUUGACCUUCGAACUUAUAAAAUUACCUAAUCUCAUUUUCAUCAUUCAGCUAAUUUUAAUUGAAAGCUUACAAUAGCUGAUAUGAAUUUGCUUAACCUAAUCUUGUAAUCUCAUGAUUGAAUCAUAAAUAUCAUGAUUUUAUUUUGAUAAAAUCAUAUAAUCUUGAGAUCAAUCAAUUUUUGAUGUGAUAUCUUGCUGUUUUAUCUGAAUGAUAUUUUUCAUUUCAAGAAAAUUUUCUGAAAAUAUUCCCUUUGUUCAUUAGAAGUAAGUAAUUUUCUUGGAUAUUUUGUAUUUCAUUUUUGUUUUCAAGUUUAUUUAAAUCAACUAAGCAGGAAUUUCUAGGUGAAAUGGAUGUUAACCAAUGGUAAAUCGUUUUUUUGUUCAA